AUGCUCUACUGCUGGGGGGAAGGCGCCUGCGGGCAGCUGGGCCUGGGCGAGGAGCAGCCGGUGCGUUUCCGUGCGGCGCCCGAGGCGCUGUGGAGGCGCGGGGUGCGGCUGGUGGCCUGCGGGGAGCUGCACACGCUGCUGCUUCACCCCGACGGCGGCGUCUCUUCUUGCGGGGACAACGCGCGGGGCCAGCUGGGCAGGAGGCUCCCCGCAGGGCGGCUCCGCAGCUCCGUGCCAGAACAAAUCCAGUCUCUGGAAGCACAGACGAUUGUCCACAUCAGUUGUGGGAAGGAGCACUCCCUGGCCAUUUGCAGCAACGGAAGGGUUUUCUCUUGGGGAGCCGGCACUUCUGGCCAGUUGGGCACUGGAGAACUUAAAGACCGCUUAAUCCCCAAGAAAAUAGAGCUCUUAUCUACGUGCAGAAUCAUACAGGUGGCCUGUGGACACUACCACUCAAUAGCCCUAUCAAACGAUGGCAGAGUCUUCUCUUGGGGGCAGAACGUCUAUGGCCAGUUGGGGAUCGGUAAAGAAGACUCUUCCCAUGGUCAACCACAGCAUGUUUCUGCUCUCAGCGGCAUCCCAUUGGCCCAGGUGGCUGCAGGCGGGGCACAUAGUUUUGCCCUCUCCCUUUCAGGAAUUGCGUAUGGAUGGGGAAGAAACAACAUGCAUCAGCUGGGACUAAGUCAGAGUGAUCCCAAAGAACAGGUCUUCAAGCCACACUCAGUGGCUGCUCUGAGGAACCUCGAUGUGAUCUACAUUAGCUGUGGGGCUGAGCACACGGCUGUCCUCACCCAGGAUGGCAGCGUUUUCACAUUUGGAGAUGACUCUGCUGGGCAGUUGGGGCAAAGCUCUUCUACCCAGAAAACUGGCCCACAAAGAGUGGAUGGGGUUGGUGGUCCGGUUUCUCUUCUGGCAUGUGGAAGCUACCACACUCUUGCUUAUAUCGCUGCUUCUGGUGAGCUGAUAUCUUUUGGACGUGGAUGCAGUGAACGUGGAACAGCUUCUUGCGAGAAGGAAGAGAUGCAGAACUUUAACAUUAGUGCACUUAUUUCUCCGAAUGAAUUGUUGGACAUUCCGGUGAAACAGAUUUUUGCAGGAACAUACGUUAAUUUUGCCAGCACAGUUCAACUCCAGGUACCUAAAUACACAAACGGAGGCUUCUUUGUAGAAACCUUGCCAAAGAUCAGCCAAAUAGACAGAGCACUGAUUGACAAGUGGAUAUCAGCCAGAGCAGAAAGUGAAACUCGCCAGAAAGCAAAAAGAGAAAUAGAAGUGAUAUUUUCUUCACCUGCCUGUUUAACUGCAAGUUUCUUAAAACCUAGGUCUGCCCUGGAAAAUGGCUGCUGUAUAGCAGUUGAUCUACAAAAAGCAAGAGAUGUAUUCUGUGAGCUUAGCAAAAGAGACUGGAUUGCUGGCAGGGUCUCGUUCUCUCUGCUGAACCAUCUGAUCCCCUCCCUCCCGUUGACUUCUCCUCACCAAGAGGCCCUUCCCUGCUUCCUUCUGCUGCCUGAAUGCUCUGGCGCCCUGGAAGCACAGAACCUGCAGUCCUUGGCUCUGCCCUUUGCAAAAGCCAUCAGAAGCAUGAGCAAGCGCUCUUCAGACCUUCUGGAAAAAUAUUGGAUGUCGUUGCCUGUGCCUUUUUUUGACAGAAUUGUUCAGAUGUGUAAGAAGGCUGUGGUGUCUCAGCUGCCCUAUUACUAUGAGCCUCCCCGCUGCCUGGAAGUAACUCCGGUCUUGGAAAUGCUUCAAAAACUAUACAAGGUAAACAAGAAGGCUGGAUGCAAACUCCAGCUGAGCAGCUUCUAUAUCGAUGAGAUCUCCCAGAAAAUUAACCUUUUUGUCGAUUUAGCCAGAUGGCACGCCUGGAUUGAGAACCUUCAUUCUUUGCCUCUCAUUUCUUUCUGCCGCUAUCCUCUUGUUUUCAAUCCUGUAAUAAAGAUGCAACUAUUCAACCUUGAUUCUUCUACUGUGCGAGAGUGCAUAAAGGCAGAAGCCCGCGAAAGAUUAAUCCAAAACCGACUGAACAGAGUGAAUGAAUAUCCCACACUGCCCUUCUUUCGCUUGCGAGUACAGCGCCACAACCUUCUAGAAGAUACUUUUAAAAAAUUGAGUCAAGUGGAAGAUAUCUGCCUGAAAAUGCAAUUGUUGAUUCAGUUUGAAGGAGAAACGGAUCGACAUGAAACUAGAGCGAUUUUGGUCGAAUUCUUUUUAUAUGUGUUCGAGGAGAUCAUCCAUCCAGACUAUGGGAUGUUUAUGUACUGUGAGAAGAAUUCUCCUAUGUGGUUUUCAACUAGGCCUUCAGCAGAGAGGAAAAAGUAUCACCUCUUUGGGGUCCUCUUUGGGAUGUGCCUCUUCAACAGUAUCAUUGCCAGUGUGCCUUUCCCACUUGCGCUCUUUAAAAAACUGAUGGGCAAGAAGCCCUCCCUCAAUGACCUGAAAGAACUGAGCCCAGUCUUAGGAAAGAGUUUGCAAGCAGUUCUUGAUUAUGAAAAGGAUGAUAUGGAAGCCGAACUUCAACUGUGUUACAGUGUAUCCUGGGACAACACAGAUGUAGAUUUGAUUCCAAAUGGCAGAUCAGUAGCUGUGAACAAUGCAAACAAGAAGGACUUUGUCAAUAAGUAUGUGGAUUAUAUCUUCAACAAAUCUGUGGAGGGAGCUUUUGAAGAGUUCAAGAGGGGGGUUUAUAGAGUCCUGGACAAGCGGGUUGUUGGCUUCUUCGAGCCCCAGGAGCUGAUGGACGUGGCAAUUGGGCUUGCAGAUUACAAUUGGGAAGUAUAUGAAAAGAAUGCUGUAUACUGGGGUAUAUAUAGUCCAGCACACCCUACCAUCAGGAUGUUCUGGCAAGUUUUCCAUGAGCUAACUUCGGAUGACAAAAAAGGUUUUCUUUUGUUUGUCUCAGGAAUUGACCGGGUCCCUGUAGUGGGAAUGGAGUUCGUGCAGCUGACUAUUCACUCGCAUAAAGCGCUUACAGAAGAUCACAUCCCUGAGGCUCAGUCCUGCGUUGGAAUUCUACUUCUGCCUCCUUAUUCCACAAUAGGAAGACUAAAAGAGAAACUUCUCCAAGCCAUCGAGAACAAUCGAGGCUUUGGCAAGCAGUGAAACAGCUGAUUCAACAACAUAGAUCGGAGUUUGGUAGCUUAGCCUUUCAUGUGUUAUGGAGAAAUUUAAGGAAAUCUACAAGGGCCUUCAUGUGGUUCAAACAAUUGUCAUUGAUUUUCCCGCAUAGUUCCUGAAGCUUUGCUUUUUGCUUAACUGUACCUGUUUUACAAAAUACAUUAGCUAUUAAACAAUUCCAGUUUGCACCCAA